AUAGUUUACAGUAAACUUCAGUCGCUCAUUGACGCUUAUUGUGAAAAGUACUCUGAGUAAAGUCUUUUUGAGAGAAAUCUUUCUUCAAAAUGAAGCUGUUGUUUAUAACAUUAUCCGCUAUACUUGGCAAUUUCGCCAUAGCUGCUGUGCUGCAGACAACUGCACAACCGCCAACCGAAACACAAAGUGUAGAGUCAAAUCUAUACUUGAAUAAAUUGCAGAGCCAGAGCCAUCUCGUUCGGGAAUUGAAGACUGAUCUACAACGUUUCAAAACUGAUAAAAAGUUAAGUGACGAAACUGAGAAGUUGAACGAUUACAGUGCAACGUAUUCGCCUAAAGUGCAAACACUUGUAUCUGGUAUUCGUCCUUUAAUUCUCACAUAUCGUGAUAGUGCCGUCGAUGUUAUUUCCGGUACAUAUGAAUGGUGCAGUAGUGCAGAUAUCUUACUGGACGCAUUUCUAGAAACGUUCGUUGCAGAUGACACUGAAUCGCGUUAUAAAGUUUUACAUAGUUUGUUCGAUAUAGACUUUGCUGCAGACUUGGUGAGCAAGUUGAAAAAAACAACGGACACGUUGCACAGUGCUUCAGAUUUGGUGUCAAACAUUUUAAACGAAUUUGAUUCUGAUUCAAUCGUACAAAGUCCCUUGUUUGAAGUAUUGUUGAGGCAAGAACUACUCAACGAUGAGAAUAAACGCUACAGUACAGGUCUUAUCGACACAUUAGUCACAGCUAUGAAAACAUAUAUAAAAAAUCCAGAGCUCUUACAACAGGAGCUUUCAUCAACCAAGCUUGCGGAUGCAGUAGGUUCACUUGUUGGUACUCAUGUCAACGAACAACAAGAACCCAGACAACUUACCAAUCAACAACAAUAUGGCCAACAUCUCAACAACCAACAACAAGAACCCAGACAACUUACCAACCAACAACAACAUAGCCAACGUCUCAACAACCAACAAAAACAAUCAACCACCGAACAAACAACUGCCGAUGCUCAACUUUAUGUUCAAUAUAGAGAUCGCGUCUUGGCUCAAUUUCAAUUAACUAAAAAUUUCUUUAACGAUUAUAAACGUACUAUAGAUAGCACCAUCAGCAGCAUAGACGGGCUGGAAGUAAAGGGUUUGGGGAAGAAUCAACAAUCCUCACCAAAUAACCGUGGCGCUUCUACUGAUAAUUUACUGAAGAAUGCUGCCAGAGCAUUGAAAACCAAUUGUAAACCAUUUACGACCUCGCAAUUAUAUGCAUAA